AUGGUUGAUCCGUCGAAUCUCGCUGCUUCUGACAAACUCCCGACUACUAACAAUUUGAUACGAGGCAAAGAUGGGCAAUAUGCCGUUGGCCAUAAACUGGCACAGGGAAGAUAUGGGGCAGUUUUUGAGGUGCUUCGCAAAUCUGACGGAAAAGCAUUUGCUUGCAAGUUGGAAAUCUGUGGCCCUAAUUCUCAUGGUCUUGACAUGGAUUACGUUGUCAUGAACCACGCUGACAAAAAAGGAUGUAACCAUCUGGUGCGGAUGAUUGAUCGAGGGAAAAUAGAAGACCAUUUCAAAUUUCUCAUCAUGCCUCUGCUAGGCGAUAAUCUCACAAAAGUACGACAUCAAUUCGUAGACGGACGUUUGUCGCUAUCAUCCGGACUGCGGCUUGCUUUCCUCGCCUUGUCUCCUAUUCAAGAAUUGCACAACAUUGGUUUUGUUCAUAGAGACAUCAAGUGCUCCAAUUUCUGUCUUGCCCCACAUUCCAGUCGAGGUAACACGCAGUUGAUACUCAUCGAUUACGGCGUUUGUCGAGCUUACAAGGACAAAGCUGGAAAUUUGAAACCUCCUAGAGAGGAAGUCCGAUUUCGAGGAACUGUUCGCUAUGCAUCACUUAAUGCCCACAAUGGAGAAGAGCAAUCACCUCGCGAUGAUCUCGAGUCUUGGUUCUAUAUGAUGAUUGAGAUGCUCUCUGGGUAUCUUCCUUGGUCUGAACUAAAUCAUGACGCCAUAGCUGAUAUGCGAGCUAUGAAGGAGCAUGUUCGCACCGCAGAAGGAGCCGCCCUCAUGUUUCAGUUUUGCCCGAAGGUUGAGUUCCGACGCCUCCAAAAAUAUUUGGAUGGGUUAAAAUACAACAGCCAACCGGACUACACAUUUAUCUCGGAGCUGAUACAGCUUGCAAUGAAGAAUAACGGAGUGAAAAUGGACGAGCCAUACGACUGGGAAGAAUGAAACUUUAUAUAGUCGAUCUUACCUGCACGCAUUUGCCUUGCUCUGGUAUGUGCUACCAACAGCUGACCGGUGACGAACCCGAUGGUGCCUUGUUUAUAUGCCGCAAAAUGCUAUGAUUGUGAUGAUGAGCCGAUGAUGUUUGCAUUCAAAACUAUCGCUCCAGUCUUUUUUACGGUUUGUAUACAUUGCUAUACAACACAUUUGUAUAGAAAUCUCUGCUAUAUGAUAUGGAUGACAUUGAAAUGAAC